UUGGUCACACUGUUUUUGUAUUUUAAUUAUGUAGGCGCAGCAUUUCUGUUUUUCUCGCGUGUUUUUGCCUUAAUUUGCUCAAAUUUUCCAUUUAGUUAGGCCAAUCUCAAGUGCUGCACUCACUAAUUGCUCAAACGCGCAAAGCUCAAAUUAAACGCAAGGCGUUUUAAGCGGAUAACCGAGUUCCAGUUUUGUUUUUUCUGUUUUUUGGGAGAGGACGCGGCGGCGACGGCGGCGUUGCAACAACAGCGACGCUAUGUGUCCGCAUUUCUGAGCGAUAAAAGGUGUGUGUGGGUGCACUCUCUCACCUGAGUAAGAGGUGCCGACAUAACGGGACUUUUGUUUUUACGACGACAAAACCCAAGAGAACAAUAAGAAAACAGCAUCAACUACACAUACAACAACACCAACAGCAACAAAGGCGCCUCUAGGAUCUCCCUCCCAACCCUGUAAAAUUUCAUAUCCGCACCACCACCACCACCGAACGAACGAAGCCAACGAAGUACCCAAAGCAACCUCUGGCGAUGCAAUUGAAAGCGCCCCUCAAGAGCAGAAAAAUGGCCAGUCUUAAAGAUGAGGAACAAGCGGCAACCACAAGCAACACCUCCAACAACAACAACAACAACACAAAUAAUGUUAACAAUAACCAUAGCAGCAGUAGCAGUAGGAGCAACAACAACAACAAUAACAACAACGAAGAUGAUCCCAAGACUAGACGAGAAAAUUUGGAGGCCAGAAAGUUGGCUCUGGAGCAACGAUUAAGCGAAAAAAGCUGGCUAUAUCAGCAAAUCCAAAAACAAGAGACGGCCAUUAUCAAUGGCAACUACGAGCAGAUGAGCAUUAACGAGUUCUUUGCCCAGUUGGCCCAACAGUACAAGCAUGAACAGCAAUUUCAGGCAUUGGCUCGUGAAAACAAUUCCAUUUUGAGGAGAAAACAAAGCACGACGAGCCGGGAAAGCAGGGAAAGUCAAAUGACCAACAGUAAUAACAAUAACAACAAUCGACAGUCGGAAACCUUGUCAAACCGCAGUUCGGAAUAUGAUAAUUAUCAGCCUUCGCCCUCUUCGGUAAAUGCAGGCGGAGAUAUGCUGGUGAUAGGCGUGGCCCAGCAGCAGGCUCAACAGCAACCGCCGCUAGUGAAGAGUGCCUUGAAAAAGCGACCCACACCGACUCUGAGAGAAAAGCAAUAUAUGCGGCAGCAGCAGCAGCAACAGCAACAAUCAUCGCAUUUGUUAAUGAAUAUGAACUACCAGAGAUCCCAGCCAGAUGUCAUAUCCAUGUACUCUGCAAACUCCUCCAAUGUGGCCACUUUGAGGCAACCACCACAGGUGGCACCCCAGCAGCAGCCCAUUAUCGUACACUGCGACAAAUACUACUUAUCACCCACUCAUCAAAGCUACAACGAAGGGGGUUUCAUCAAGUCCAGUCAAAACAUUAAGAAGUAUGUCUCGCCCUUGGCAUCGCCCAGCAAUUUAAGCUACGAGCAGCAGCAGCAACAGCAGCAGCGUAAUCCCAUGCUCCGGCAAUUAGAUGCCAUAUCCCUGGCGCCCAGUUACGUUUCCGUGGACAUGGAGGCGGCGGCUGUACAACAGCAACAAUACCGCUGGCGUUCCCAAACCCACAUAGCGCCGCCCUUAACGCCACCACAACUGGGUAUUGUAGAGGUGAAAUCACACUCUAGCGAUAUGCUGGCGGCACCAAUGCCACCUAGUCGCUAUCCAAUGCACGACGAGAUCUCCCUGUCAUCUUCAUCCACAACUCACAUUGAAAAGAAACCCAAACCCAAACAGUGGCUAGAGUCAUCUCUAGAUGGACCAGCGGUUAUAAGGCAAAUGGAUUCCCAGCCCCACAGUCCAGCUGGGAGUAGCAGUAAUGGAAGCAGUAAUCAUCAGGCAGGGGCCAUGGCUGCCAGCUCCAAGCCACGCGCCAAGCUCUCCUCACAAUCCAUGUCGGUAUCGGGACGCCACUAUUCCAUGUCUGGGAACCAGCGACCAACACAGAACUAUCCCAAUGCCAGCUAUGCGGUGAACACCAGCACCAAGGCUUUGCUAAGUCAAUCCACGUCGUACCUCAAUGCCAUUGAGCAAACGAUGGGCAUUUCGGUAUCGUAUCCAUUGGAACCGCUGGACAUACCACCGUUUCGAAACUUACCGCCCAAGCCGAGUCAAAUGCAGCAGCCUACGCCGCCGCCCAGACCUCCACCGGCCGCCAGCCAGCAGAAUCUGAAUCAGAAUUCCAGCUUAAAUUUAAAUCUCAGUGGGAGCGGUGGACAUGGUCACGGAAGUGCUCUGCAAACGGCGCUGGUAUCACCGCCAUUGACUGUGGCCACGGCUAGCUUAUCGCCGGAUAUACGAAUCGAGUCGCCAAAGAACAUGACCGUAGUGCAGCAGGCCACUUUUCAGCCGUACAAGGAGGUUACCAAGCCCUUCGAGAUGUCCGAUUUCUACAAAUACUCCACCAAGUUCAAACAAAAGGAGAGCGGCAAUCCCAACUGACCUAUAAGGUUUCAUGGGAUCUAACACAUCAUGCUCUCCCUCCCCUUUAUUGUGAUUAACUAAACUAAAAGCGUUGGACACGAAUUACAAAUUUAAAGUUCGUUAGCUAAAUUAUUUAAGAUCAAGACUAAUCGAAUAUUUAACAUAAAAAUGCUCAACAAAUUUGCCAAAAUUUCAAUACUUGACCUAUGGAAAGCAAUUUAUUAUUAUUCGUAAUGACAUUUUUGAUAAAACAAAGAACAAUAUGAAACAAGCCUUAUGGCAAGAUGCCUAGAAAGUAUGAAAGUACUUUAGAAAUAUUAAAGCAUUUACAAAAGCCCAACCAUAGCUAAGAGGAAAACGGACUAGCAAUUGUUACAGUGUAUAAAAUUGAAUAUUUACACAACAAAAACAAUAUUUUUUAUAUAAAUAUACAGAUGCAAAUAUUUUAUAAAAGAAUGGAGCGUUUAAGACUAACUAUUAUUAACAAGCAAUAACAAAACAAAUAUAAAUAAAUAUUUUAUAUUAAAAUGUACACGAAA